GAAACUGGUGGGCUGUCACUAAUUUUGGUGAAAUUACAGGAACUAUAGCUAUAGAAAUGGAUAAAGGAGCUUACAUCCAUGCCCUCGACAACGGCUUGUUUACACUGGGAGCGCCACAUAAAGAUGAUGAAGGCCCUAGUCCUCCUGAACAGUUUACAGCAGUGAAGUUGUCAGAUACAAGGAUUGCUCUGAAAUCUGGUUAUGGCAAAUAUCUUGGUAUAAAUUCAGAUGGACUUGUUGUUGGACGCUCUGAUGCCAUAGGAUCACGAGAGCAGUGGGAACCUGUCUUCCAAGAUAAGAAAAUGGCAUUGCUAGCAGCAAACAGCCGUUUCAUUAGAUGUAAUGAAGAGGGAGAUAUAGAAGCCAAAAGCAAAACUGCAGGGGAAGAAGAAAUGAUAAAGAUUCGUACUUGCGCUGAACGAGAAACUAAGAAGAAAGAUGAAGUUCCACAAGAAGACAAAGGAAACGUUAAACAGUGUGAAAUCAAUUAUGUAAAGAAAUUCCAAAGUUUUCAGGACAAAAAGCUUAAAAUAAGCAAAGAAGAUACAAAAGCCCUGAGAAAAGCCAGGAAAGAAGGCACUUUUCAUGAAAUGCUACUUGACAGGUACUUCAAAGUACAAGCUGAUAGAUACUGCAAGUGA